CCGCCAUUUCCUCCCAAGUUCGCGGCAUCGCGCUCCACGGCGAACACGGAACGACCGGUAGGAGAGCAUGGCCGAACACGUCGCCGGUGCUCCGCCUCCGGCCAAGAUCAUUUUCGGCACCUACGAGCUGGGACGCCUCCUAGGCCGCGGCGCCUCCGCCAAGGUCUACCACGCCCGCCACCUCCCUUCCGGCCAGUCUGUCGCUAUCAAGGUUUUCCCUAAACCCCGACGCACAGCCGCCGCUUCCGCCUCCGACUCUUUCAUAAGGGAGAUCUCCGCUCUCCGCCACCUUCGCCACCGCCACAUCGUCCGCCUCCGCGAGGUCCUUGCCUCCCGCUCCACGGUCUACCUCGUCCUCGACUUCGCCAAGGGCGGCCAGCUCUUCUCCCGCGUCGAGGACCGUGGGCGCCUUCCGGAGGACCUCUCCCGCCGGCUCUUCCGCCAGCUGAUUUCCGCCGUCGCCUACUCCCACUCCCGCGGCGUGUUCCACCGGGACCUUAAGCCGGAGAAUCUCCUGCUAGACGAUGCCGGCGACCUCAAGGUCUCUGAUUUCGGAUUCGCCGCUCUCCGGCCAUCCUCCGACUGCGACCGACUCCUCCACACCCAAUGCGGGACGCCGGCAUACGUAUCGCCGGAGAUCCUUUCGGGGAAGAAAAGGCACGGAUACGACGGGGCGAAAGCAGACAUUUGGUCUUGCGGCGUGAUCCUCUUCGUGCUCAACGCCGGCUACCUCCCUUUCAAUGACUCCAACCUCAUAUCCCUCUACCGCAAGAUCUACUGCGGGCACCACCGCUGUCCGCGGUGGACCUCGCCCGACCUCCGCCGCCUAAUCGCCCGCCUCCUCGACCCCAACCCGGCCACCCGGAUCUCAAUCGACGGCAUCCUCCACGACUCAUGGUUCGCCAAGGGACUCGACGCGGAUCAAAAGGCGGCACUGAUGCGGCCGCUCGCCGACGACUCGAAGCCCCACCAUCGCCGCCUAAGCGGCGGGGAGCUCAACGCCUUCGACCUCAUCUCCUUCUCAUCGGGGCUCGACUUAUCUGGCUUCUUCACGGAGGGGAUUCCGGACUGCGAGCGGUUCGUGGUGGUCGGUGGUGCGGCAGACAGGAUGGUGGAGCGGGUGGAGCAGGUCGGAAAGAGCGAGGGUUUGGUAGUGAGGAGGGAAGGCGAGAAGGGGUCGGCGGUAGUAAUUGAGAGGCAAAAUGGGGAAUUAGUGGUUAGGGUGGAGGUUCAUCGGUUGCUCGGUGACAUGGCGGUGGUAGAGCUGGAGAAGGGAGGAACCGCCGGAAGCAUCUGGAACGAGAAGCUGAGGCCACAUUGGGAGCUACCGGUGAUAGCCCGUUGGCUAGCCGUCUAAGAAAUGUGUCAUCGGGACCGAUUGAGAUUUUCGGUAAACCAAGUACGUUUUUGUAAAAUACAGUAAAGCUGACCAGAGGAGCGUACAAAAGAAAGGGCUGGACACCGAUCAACAAAGAUAAAGGCAUAAUUUAUAAAGGAGAUUGCUGAUUGAUACACCUGUUGGAUCAUUGCUACCUAGUUAAAACUGCUCAUCCAAGAUUUACCAGAAAUUAACUCAGUCAUCGUCAACCAUCUGAAAGACAACAAAAACCUUGAGCUAACAGCAGUUUCGGUGUCAAAUGCAUUCAGCACAAACUUAAAUUAGCAAGAAGGUUCAAUGGAGCAAGGGAGAGACCUCAUAGUGGCCAAGUACCACCUCCAAGCUUGCAAGUCUUCACUGGUUGCAUUUGUGGCAGGAACAGACCCUGGAGAAAAAGGUAACACCAAAUCUGCUGGAAGAAUGCUAGAUUUGGCCUCUGAGAGGAUAAGUAGUUGGACAUCAGCAGCCAUCUCCAACUUGUAAUACUCAAAGUCAUACUCGACCUGCAUUUCAUUAACUUAAUUUCAGCAAGAGCUAUGAACUGUGUUUCAUCAUGGCGAGUCAAGGACCAGGUUACAACUCACCUUUUGUAAUUCUAGUAAAUUCUUAAGCAAUCUAGCAUUCUCAAUGCCAUUAGAACUGAGUGUUCCACUC